CCAGCCAGACCGUGACAGUAACAGGCUAAACUUAUUUAAAUAAUACAAUAUGUUACACACAGGUUACAAUAUGUGUUCCUCUCCUGUGCUCAGGUUUACCAACCUACAACAGGCUUGCCCCAGACUCCCAUCUCACCUCUAACAAAAGGAUCCAACUUUAUCAAGCAGAAGCAGCAGAAGGUUAAACUGAAGGACGUCAGCAGAGGACUGAGAAUGGCAGUUUGCACUGAAAAGACUCUGUGGAGCUUCAUGUUCCUCCUGACAGGUGCUGUGGGUCAAACUGUGGUCUAUCCUUUCACGUCUACCUGUGCUGUCAGAGGGUCCACUGUCACCCUCCCCUGCACCUUCACACCUCUGAAGUCUUUCAGUGAUGGUCAGAGAGAAGUUCCUCUAAAGAUCGUCAGAGUCCGCUGGUGUAAGAACCAUGUACUCUGUCAGGGCAGCACUCCAUCUGUGUAUGACAGUGACUCAGCAAACAUCGAUCCUCGUUAUCAAUAUCUGGGAGACAAGAAGAUAAACUGCACUUUACAGAUCAGAGAUGUUCAGCAGAGAGACAACGCAAGCUUUCGCUUCAGGAUGGAAGCUGAUCGUCCUGAAGGACAUUUUACUAACAAGACAGGAGUGACUGUCACGGUUGUUGAUGGGUCUAAAAUGAGAAUAAUCAGCUCCAGUGAUGAUAAAAAGGUGAGCAGAGGUGAAACCGUCACACUGCUCUGCGCUUCAGUCUGCACUUUCCACCAACUGGAGGUCACCUGGUUCAAAGAUGGCCACGCCCUCUCAGACACUGGCUCCUCUCUUGAGCUCGACAAUGUGACUGCAGAGGAUUCUGGGAACUACACCUGUGCUCUGAAGAGCAUCAUGGAGACUCUCUCUGAGCCGUACAGCCUGCAGGUGGAGGCGGAGGAACGACAGCCUGUUGAUGGUAACCUGCCUCUGAUAGUCGGCGUGGUGUCGGGUGUCCUGCUGGCUGUCAUCGCAUUCAUACUCUUCAUCUUCAUCAUCAGAAGGAAGCUGGCAGCAGCAGAGCAUCAGAGAGCUGAUGGAGGUGAGAUGGAGCCAAAGCAUCCUCAUGACAUCUACAGCAGCAUCCAAGAAGAAAGUCACCGACAGGAAACCAGCCGAGCUGUGGAGGACGUCAGCUACGCCUCGGUGCAGUUCAGACACAGCCAUGAGAGGAGCAGGCACGUGGAGGAAGUCGAUAAUGCCGUCGUCUACUCUUCACUAGCCAGUCGAGGCUGAAGUCACAAUCUCACCCACAAACUGAAAGGAGCCACACUGACCACAGGAGAAGCUGCAGGAAGCUCUGCAGCACUUUGUGUUGAUCUGCUGCAGUCUGACUUUCAUGCUCUGUGGUGCAGGCAGUUGGAUAAAUUCAUAAAUCUCCUUCACAGCCUCCAUCAGUACUACAAUGGUAUUGUUCUAGUGUGAUGACCCCGUCCACCCUGCCUGGGGGGCUACGUGUUGGUUUGGCAGCUGCUUCUUGCAGGCCCUGCAGAGGAAUCGUGCUUUGUUCAAGAUCAGCAUCACUGGCAGCGUCAAGGCUCGACGCGUCUCUACUGAAAGCUCAGUUGUUGGGCGUGUCUGCCUUCUGGGUUUUGGUUGCUGUCUGGUUUGUUUUCUCACACUAUGAGACAUCACAUUCACGUACAGUACUGAGUGUACCGAGCUCUGUUGUCAGUCUGUGACGCAGCAAGUUUAUUUUGUAUAUUUGAUUUCUUAUGAUGUAUCAGAGUAAUGGUAAGUUCGUGUGUUGUUAUUAGUGUGUCUUAGUUAGGUUUGUUUAGAUACAAUUUCAUCCAUGCUCCCCUGUGUGUGUGUUGUUUUCUGUUUCCUGUGAAAGCCUGUCUUGUCCUCCUGCAUGAUUUUUAGUUAUAUCUUCAUUCCCCUUAUCUGUUUCCAUGUUCCUCUCCUUGUGUAUCAUUCAAUCUUCCCAGUGUGCUUUAUGCUUCAUGUCUGUGUUUCCCACGUCCAGUUGUCAAUCAGUCUUGUGUUUCCAUGUUCAGUGUGUUUAGUUUUGCUUCCCCUGUGGCAUCAUGUUCAUUUGUGUCAGCUGUGUUU